CCAAGAAUGGGCAGUAUUCCAGUUUAUGGAUGACAAAGCCAUUAUUCCGCUUGGAGAGCCCAAUUUACCAGUAUCCACAGGAGUCCGUACCCACCAUGGCUGCCUCGUGGUCGGAUCAGCUCCAGCCCCAAUAGCUCUUGAUCAUGACUACCAUGUCUGUGGCAUCGUUCCAUCUGUUUGCUUUGUGGUCAAGAUACCAGUAGAGAGUCCUGAUGAUUCGUUUUAUGAUGGCGUGGUACAUGUUACAGUCAAAGACAAGGUAUUGAAGCCGUCGUCUCCCAUCCGUCAUGCAGCAGAGACAGUGGCAUUGAUGCGUCAACAAUAUUCUUCAGAUGGUGUGGUACUGGAUAAACCAAUUCUUUUUCGGUAUACGGAUGGUGGACCUGAUCACCGUACCAACUUUUUGUCAGUGCAAGUUGCCGCAAUGCUCGAGUUCAUUGCUUUAGAUUUAGACAUGAUGGUAUGUGUCCGGACGGCGCCAUGUCAAGAGUUAUAAGAACCCUGCAGAGUGUAUUAUGUCUCUGUUAAAUAUUGCCCUACAAAAUGUGGCAUACGCACGUACCCCAAUGCCUGAUGGACUCGAAUCACAAAUGAACUCCCUGAACAGUCUGAAAGCACUGCGUAGAGCCUUUGAUCGAAAUGCUGUAUUAAAAGACAAGUUCAAGGAUUCCAUGGGCAGUUGUAUCUGAAGCAUCAAAGACAGGUUUUCAAUGCUUGAAAGGAAUGAGAAAAAUGUAAUGGUACAUGAUGCUGCAACAAAUGAUGACAUCAGCUUGAUUAAAGAUCUGAUAAAAGUUCUGGAUGGAGAUGUUGACCUUGAUAAACUGUCUGGGCUUGCACAUUCAUCCCCGCUGUGCGAGUUCAUGACGAAGCACUGCAGGAUACGGCAUUACACAUUUCAAAUAUUGAAAUGCACAGAUGCAGAUUGUACAUACUGUACAGCACUGUGCCCCCCGAGACUACCAGAGGAAGUGUUCAGGAGCUUGAAUUUCCUCCCAGAUCCAUGUGUAGACAUGAACAAGGAGUACAAGACCUUCGAUCAGCUGUAUAGUACCUCUACUACAGACCAAGGGAGACCUAGUGUGAUAAGCAGAAUGCAAGCAAGUGAGGCUGACAAAAAAAAGAUACGUGGGACUGUAAUCUGUGCUGAGUGUGGGAAACGGCGUGUCGUUUACAGUGCCAAGCGUCUUACCAGGGAAGAGGAACUUGUAUACACUUGUGGGGGAACACUUUUCCCAACUGGCCCAUACACAGACACUCUGGUUGUACGCACAGGAGUAAACUGUGCAUCCCUCAUUGAGACUCAGUACUAUGCAGGAUCCUUCCAACACAUUUGUAUACACUGUGGAGAUACUGAAGUUGUGGACACAACUCGCCCACAGAUAAAACAAAUGGAGCAGGAAUGGGGAAUUGUACGCCCGAUUUUUGCAGCAUGUAUGAGUAAAGGAAAAAAUAUCGUAACAAGAAAUGCCCUGAAAACUGGAAAGAAGUCCAAAAAAAUCAACAACAAAAAAUGCUACAAUUUAAUAGUAUGCAUUGUUUCUGUGGGUGAGUUGUCCACAUCAACUUAAAAAAAUAAUAAUACAGUAUUAUUAAAAGGUACUUGA